AAGUUCCUGCCCUGGGAGGGGGAGACACCCUUCUUUCACACCCUCUCCCCACUCGGUUGCUCCACUCCCUCACCGGGUACCCCCAAGGCCAGUGAUCAGUGGUCGCACAGCCUCCCCCCUUUCAAAAAUGCUCCAAUCCAAUUUAAAGCAUAUGUAUUGCAUUCAAGUGUAAGUUAAAAGCUACAGCAUGCACCAUAUUGCACAAUUUCAAGCUGAAAAAUGCAAAUGUUCCGUACCAAAGGGAGGGGGACACUCUCCUCCCCGCCCCCGUCGCUAUACUCCCUCGGGCUUGGUCUCUCGCAAUUUCUCACUCCCAACUCUCACCCAAUGUUGGCAGCCCUGAUAUCCUAAGCAAGGCUUAUUCAUUCCUUACCAAAAUAAUCUAUGCCAAGUGAUUAUAUGCUCAUUUCCCAUUAUGGGAUCAAUUUCUGGGUGGAAAGAAAUUGCAUCUGCAAAAGAAAAACGUAAGAUUUUUUCACUGGACCCGUAUUUUCUUGGUUGAAAGACUAUCGUGAACUUGCAAGGAUUUGAUUUCAAAAUGACAAAGACAUUCUCCUUAUCUCACAUCUAACGGAAGGGCAUUGAUGUGAAAUGUUAUGUAUCUCUCGGCAGAUUCAGCUUGAGUUAAAUAUUCGCGGCAUUUUCUGACCCGGAGAUGUCGUUGGCAGCGCCUGCACAUCUGGCUGCCUUCGGUAGGCGUCGCUACCGCUGCCUUUGGCCUGAGCCGCUGUUCGGGUGCGGCGACGGCUGCUCCUCCAGGGCAGGUGGCGCUCUCCUGCUUGGGUCCGUGUGGCGCGUUGCGGCCGCUCUGUCCGUUGUUCCCCGGCGCUGUCCUGCUGCCGCCGCUCGGUGCGACUGUGCGAAACUAUUGCUCCCUGGAUAGCUGAGAGGUCUGGCGUGAUCCAUGAGAGGCCGGUAGUGAUCUACAGAAAGGGAAAAAUCGAAGGAUGGCUUUCCCACAGCCAAAACCUGCCGAUGGAAAAAUUAUAAUAUACCCUCCUGGUGUUAAGGAAAUUACUGACAAGAUAUCCAACGAUGAAUUGGUCAAAAGGCUAAAGAUGGUGGUUAAAACAUUCAUGGAUAUGGAUCAAGACUCUGAAGAUGAAAAACAACAGUAUCUUCCUUUGGCCUUACAUUUGGCUUCAGAAUUCUUUCUCAGGAACCCCAACAAAGAUGUCCGUCUGCUUGUGGCAUGCUGUUUGGCUGAUAUCUUCAGAAUAUAUGCUCCAGAAGCUCCUUACACAUCUCAUGACAAACUUAAGGAUAUUUUCAUGUUCAUUACCCGGCAACUUAAGGGAUUGGAGGAUACCAAAAGUCCACAAUUUAAUAGAUACUUUUAUUUAUUGGAGAACCUGGCAUGGGUAAAGUCCUAUAAUAUCUGUUUUGAACUUGAGGAUUGUAAUGAAAUUCUUAUACAGCUCUUCAGGACCCUCUUCUCGGUGAUAAACAACAGCCACAAUCAGAAGGUUCAGAUGCAUAUGUUGGAUUUGAUGAGUUCUAUCAUCAUGGAAGGAGAUGGAGUAACUCAGGACCUACUGGACUCCAUUCUUAUCAACCUUAUUCCUGCACACAAGAACGUGAACAAGCAAGCUUAUGAUUUAGCUAAAACACUCCUGAAGAGAACUGCACAAACAAUUGAACCAUGUAUUGCCAGUUUUUUUAACCAGGUCCUAGUUCUGGGAAAGUCUUCCGUCAGUGAUUUGUCUGAACAUGUGUUUGAUCUCAUUAUGGAGCUUUUUGCUAUUGAUCCUCAUCUACUGCUGUCAGUUAUGCCACAGCUUGAGUUUAAACUGAAGAGCAAUGAUGGUGAAGAGCGAUUGGCUGUUGUUCGACUAUUGGCAAAACUAUUUGGUGCCAGGGAUUCGGAGCUUGCAACACAAAAUCGCCCCCUGUGGCAGUGUUUCUUGGGACGAUUUAAUGACAUUCAUGUUCCUGUGCGACUGGAAUGUGUGAAGUUUGCAAGUCAUUGUCUGAUGAAUCAUCCAGAUUUAGCCAAAGAUCUUACAGACUACUUGAAGGUUCGAUCACAUGAUCCAGAAGAGGCAAUCCGGCAUGAUGUCAUUGUAACAAUAAUUACAGCAGGAAAGAAAGAUUUAUCACUGGUGAAUGACCAGCUGCUUGGAUUUGUGAGAGAGAGAACACUUGACAAAAGGUGGCGGGUGCGGAAAGAAGCAAUGAUGGGCUUGGCCCAGUUAUACAAAAAGUACUGUCUACAUGCAGAAGCUGGGAAAGAGGCUGCUCAGAAAGUGAAUUGGAUCAAAGAUAAACUCCUGCAUAUCUAUUACCAGAACAGCAUUGAUGACAAGUUAUUGGUGGAAAAAAUCUUCGCUCAAUAUCUUGUUCCUCAUAAUUUGGAAACUGAAGAAAGAAUGAAGUGUCUCUAUUACCUUUACGCUUCCUUGGACCCAAAUGCAGUAAAAGCAUUGAACGAAAUGUGGAAGUGCCAAAAUAUGCUGAGGAGUCAUGUCCGGGAGUUAUUAGACCUGCAUAAACAACCUGCUUCCGAAGCUAACAAUAAUGCAAUGUUUGCAAAACUGAUGGCCAUAGCAAAAAAUUUGCCUGACCCAGGAAAAGCACAGGAUUUCAUGAAGAAAUUUAACCAGGUCCUGGGUGAUGAUGAGAGGCUGCGUACUCAAUUGGAGCUGCUGAUUAGUCCUGCCUGCUCUUGCAAGCAAGCAGAAGUCUGUGUGAGAGAAAUUACACGUAAACUAGCAAAUCCCAAGCAGCCGACUAAUCCCUUCCUGGAAAUGGUGAAAUUCUUACUAGAAAGGAUUGCACCUGUGCACAUUGACUCAGAAGCCAUCAGCUCUUUAGUGAAACUAAUGAACAAAUCCAUAGAAGGGACUGCAGAUGAUGAAGAAGAGGGUGUGUCACCUGAUUCUGCAAUUAGGGCAGGCUUGGAGUUGCUUAAGGUUUUAUCAUUCACACAUCCUACCUCCUUCCACUCUUCAGAGACAUAUGAAUCACUCUUGCAGUGUCUAAAAAUGGAGGAUGAUAAAGUUGCUGAAGCUGCUAUUCAAAUCUUUAGAAACACGGGGCACAAAAUAGAGACAGACCUUCUACAAAUUCGUUCUACGCUCAUUCCUAUUCUGCAUCAGAAAUCAAAAAGGGGUACCCCUCGCCAAGCUAAGCAAGCAGUUCAUUGCAUUCAUGCCAUCUUCACAAACAAAGAAGUACAAUUGGCACAGAUCUUUGAGCCACUAAGCAAAAGCCUAAAUGCUGACACCCCAGAACAACUCGUAACUCCGCUCGUCUCAUUGGGACAUAUUGCUAUGUUGGCACCCGAUCAGUUUGCCUCUCCAAUGAAGUCAGUAGUCGCAAAUUUUAUCGUCAAAGAUUUACUUAUGAAUGACAGGUUCCCUGGAGGGAAAAAUGGUAAAUUGUGGAGUCCAAAUGAAGAAGUCUCUCCAGAAGUACUAGCAAAGGUUCAGGCCAUAAAACUUUUGGUACGGUGGUUAUUAGGAAUGAAGAAUAAUCAAUCUAAAUCUGCCAAUUCUACACUUCGACUGUUAUCAGCCAUGCUGGUUAGUGAAGGUGACCUAACGGAACAGAAAAAGAUAAGUAAAUCUGAUAUGUCUCGAUUACGGUUGGCUGCAGGAUGUGCUAUACUAAAACUUGCACAAGAACCUUGCUAUCAUGAAAUUAUCACCCCAGAGCAGUUCCAGCUUUGUGCACUUGUUAUUAAUGAUGAGUGUUACCAGGUGAGGCAAAUCUUUGCUCUGAAACUUCACAAAGCCCUCGGAAAACUGAUGCUCCCACUAGAAUAUAUGGCAGUGUUUGCACUGUGUGCCAAGGACCCCGUGAAAGAACGAAGAGCACAUGCUAGACAGUGUCUCCUAAAAAAUAUAAGUAUACGGAGAGAAUAUAUUAAACAGAACCCAAUGGCUCAUGAGAAGCUUUUGUCGUUAUUACCGGAAUAUGUCGUUCCAUACACAGUUCAUUUGCUUGCCCAUGAUCCAGAUUUUACUAAAACACAGGAUAUUGAACAGCUGCGUGAUAUUAAAGAGUGCCUGUGGUUCAUGUUGGAAGUUUUAAUGGCAAAAAAUGAAAAUAAUAGCCAUGCUUUUAUCAGAAAAAUGGUGGAGAACAUCAAACAAACCAAGGAUGCCCAGGCUCCUGAUGAUGGCAAAAUGAAUGAGAAACUCUACAUUGUGUGUGAUGUGGCUCUUACUGUCAUCACAAGCAAAAGUACAACGUAUAAUCUGGAUUCUCCGAAGGAUCCUGUACUGCCAGCGAAGUUCUUCACCCCACCUGACAAAGAUUCCUGCAAUAAUAAGUGCUACUUGUCAGAUGAAACAAGGACACUAUUACUCACAGGGAAGCCCAAACCAGCAUCAGUAUUGGGUGCGGUAAACAAACCUUUGUCAGCUGCUGGUAGAAGGCCACAAACCAGAACACCGGGGUUGGAAACAGGAAGCAAUAUAAGUGGAAACUCCGCACCUAACUCGCCAGCUACAAACAGGGGAAGGGAACAAAAUUCAGAAGUUCCAGAAACUGAAGUUAGCGAAAAUGAAGAACAUCCAGUAAUAUUGCUUACAGUGGUCCCAACUAAAACAGACAAGAAAGAUGAACCAGUUAGAAAUAAGGAGAUGUCCUCUGAACAGUCUUUACCACCACAGACCAGUACAGAACGUGGAAAGAAAAGGACAGCACCUGCAGCUGGCUCGGAGAAUAUUCAACAGAUACCAGAAGAGAAGAAAUCUGAAGAAACUGCAGCACCAGUUCCCCCCAAAGCAAGACGAGGUCGUCCUCCCAAAGCUGUGUCAGAAAGUAAUUCUGCAAAGAAUGCAGAUACAAACAAACCAUCAGGUAGAGGCAGGAAAAGAGUUGCAGCCAACCAGGAAAGCCCUGCGGAACCAGAAACAACAACUAUUAAAGUACCAAAACAGCAAGAAACAAAUGUUAAGAGAGCACCAGCACCAAGACAGAUGGAUCUACAAAGAAUCCAGGUUUUGGACAGUGAUGGAUACUCAGUGAUGGAACUAGAGUCAACUCCAGAGAGUUCAGCUGAGGAACUGGAUUUGUUCAAAUCCUGUGAGAGCAGUCAGAAUGAGAUUGAUAACCCAGAGCUAGCAGAGGGAAGCUUCCUAAAGGUAAGAAGAAAGCCCAUGCCAAAGGGAAGGAGACAAAGGCUGUAGAAAAGAAGUAUUCCUUGCCACUGAGGGAAAUGUACCACAUAAAAGGAUUGAGAUACUAUACUAAAUCUUAAAUUAGUUUACACAACUCCUCACCCUCAAAAUAUCAGGACAACACUGCAUCAGAGUUUGGGUUAUAUAUUAAGAAGAUAUUAUUGAACUCAUUCAUUUAAAUUUUAACGGAAAAUUUAACUUUUGCAAUGUUGUAGGGUCGGCAUUGUAAUUCCCUGAGGUUAUUUUUAUGCAGUAUCUUUAGAUGUUAAGAUUACUUAACAAUUCUUGACACUCUUAAAAAUAAUCACUAGAUUAAGAUUUUGUUACAAAUGUCUCAUGUAACCAUUUUAAUUAUGCUUUAGUAAUUUGCUGCAACAGUUUUACCUUCCAAAGUAAGUUAUUAUACUGACUUGUGAAGUCGGCAAUGGUGCAUUAUAAAGUCACAUGUUACUAUUAAUUUUUGCAGGCAGAAGCAUUUGUAUUAUUUAAAAUAGUCCCAAUUUGAAUAUAAUUUGAUUUUGGUGAGUGAAAGAAUAAAGCUGUGGAUAAAAGAGCAGUUGAAUAUGUGCUUAUAAUAUUUGAAGCUACUGCCAUAAACGUUGUAGUAAAGAUUUAAACGGUGUAAUACUGAAGUCUGCCGUUAAGUUGGGGAUAUUUUUGACACUGUUCUCUAAAAUUUGCACUGAGUCCACAUUGUUUUAUCCUUUAUAAAAUGAAUCUCAGCAGGAUUUCUGUAUCAGUAUACUGUCCAGAAUCUGUGUUUGCAAAAAUGUUUUUCUGUAAUUUAUAUUGACAGUUAAUGAAACUUGCACAGAAUUCUUUUGUGAAUACAGACUUAAAUCUGGUGAUAGCAGUUGUUUUGCAAAUGCUGCCUUUUAAAUAAUUAUUCCCUCAAUGUAUCCCCGUGUUUAUCUGCUUGCCUUCCUCUACCAGGGAAAGUGGGGCUAAUCUGAUCCAAGCAUUUCUCCACAGUUGCCAAUGUGCUGCUUUAGUUGGCCAACAUGCCAGCACGCUUUCUAGGAUGGAAUUGGGCUGCUGCACCUUUCUGUGUACCCCUCCCUUCCAUGGUCGAGCAUUCUAUACAACAACGCUCUCCUAUCUGGCAGCUUGACUGAUCAUUGGUCAAGCUUAACCUUUACAGCAAGCCAAAUUCAAAUGUUGUUCAAGCAAGUGUUUUAAUUUGUGGUUUCAAGGGUCCCGGUGAGGAGCUCAAUACUCUAUUUAAAGGGUUUUCUUGAAUUUCACCUAAUGUUGAAUAGUGGAAAGAGUCAAAAUUAGAACAGGAUCUUAAAGCAUUUCCUCUAUCCUAACAUUACUUUUUAAAACCUGCUUUUAGUACUUUUAAUUUAUGAAAUUUUAUCAAGAGGCCUUUUAUGUUCUACUUUCUUAUAAAACUAUAUUGCUCUGAAAGGUAACGGAAACUUUUUGAGUUUCAGAUUUUGUAUCAGAUCUUGAAGUGAAUGAGGUACUUUUGAAAGACCAGUUUUAUGACGAGUUGUUCAAGUUACCAGGCUCUGUAACCAAUGAUGUAAAAAAUGAAGUGUUCUAGAGAAAAAAAUUGGAUUUUGGCAGCUUGUGAAGACAGUUCAACAGUUCAAAUUGUUAAUGCAUUUAAGUGAGUGUUUUAUUGAUAUGUUGAAUUUUUUAAGCUAUUUUUCACUAGUUUGUCUCCCAGUUCACAUUCAUCUUUGUUUAUUUUGGUGAAAUUAUUUGCAGUUGCAUCAAUGUUAUGAUUCCAGACAUUGUUCAUUGUAGUUAAUGUGUACAUUUUGAUGUACACAUGAUCAUAUUUAAGUUUUUGUUGCAUAAAGAAAUAAAUGCUUCUUAGGUGUC